GCAACUCUAACUUCCUGGUUUGUAGCGAACAAAUUCCAAUAAGCUGCACGGCCAAGACACGAAAUAGUUCCCUGAAAAUUUAGUACUUCCACUUAACAACUUGAACCUUACACAUUCUGCAGCUCCAAGAUUAAACAUGUUGAAGGGUAUCCCGGCUAUCAUCUCCCCUCAGUUGCUAGCAGUGCUGGCUGAGAUGGGACAUGGGGACGAGUUAGUGCUUGCUGAUUCCAAUUUUCCAGCUUUCUCUGUUUGUCGCUGUGGCCCCACCUAUAUAUCUGCUAGUGGACUAGGAAUACCCCAGUUGUUGAAAGCGAUCUUACAGUUACUACCGUUGGACAUUUAUGUUGAAAGCCCUGCUGCUGUCAUGGACCUUGUAGAAGAUGAUAAGAAGCGAAAACUUCAAACUCCAGUUUGGGAUACUUAUCUGGAAUUACUCAAGGAUGCUGGCUGUGCUAAACCACUGGAAAAAGUUGAGAGAUUUGCCUUUUAUGAACGAGCUAAAAAGGCCUACGCUGUCAUUGCAACUGGGGAAACAUCUCUCUAUGGUAACCUAAUCCUUAAAAAAGGAGUGAUUUGUCCUGAUGACCAGACGUAAAUAGUGAUUCAAGGUGCAAACUGAAGUAGCGCAUUAUAUACAAACUUCAUUCAUAGAUUUUUUGAUUACUGUCAUUGAGGUAUACAUUCUGUUGCACUAUAAUACUGUCAGUAUAUGUUAUAUGGCUUUUGUCCAAUGGAAUAAGUAAAUGCAAAAAGACAUGGACAUUUAGGAUGGUAAAUACAAGUGUAAAUCAUAAAUAAAUAUCAAAACAGG